UUCCAUUGAAGAAGAAGAACUUGCUGAGGCAUUGAUUCUCACCCACCUUCACCAACCUUCCACCCCCAGCUCUUCUUCUUCUUCUUCUUCUUCUUCUUCAGUUAGUCUCCUUUCCUCUGACACUAUCAAUGGCGCGACUCACAUUGUUGGUUACUCUGUUAUCCUUCCUAGUCCCUCCUCAGUUGGUACCAGGUGUCUACUCCACGACUUUCACGCUCGUCAACAAGUGCGACCACACGGUGUGGCCCGGCAUCCUCUCCAACGGCGGCGAGCAACCCUUCUCCUCCACCGGCUUCGCCCUCGACAGCGGCGCCUCCAAGUCCCUCGCCGCCCCCGCCGCCUGGGGCGGCCGCUUCUGGGGCCGCACCCACUGCUCCGAAGACUCCACCGGGAAGUUCUCCUGCCUCACCGGCGACUGCGGCUCCGGCAAGCUCGAGUGCUCCGGCAGCGGCGCCGCCCCGCCGGCCACCCUCGCCGAGUUCAAGCUCGACGGCUACGGCGGCAUGGACUUCUUCGACGUCAGCCUCGUGGACGGCUACAACCUCCCGCUGCUGGUGGCCCCGCAGGGGGGGUCGGGCCAGAACUGCACCACCACGGGGUGCGUCGUCGACCUGAACGCCGCCUGCCCGUCGGAGCUGAAGGUGACGAGCAGCGACGGGUCGGAGGGGGUGGCGUGCAAGAGCGCGUGCGAGGCGUUCCAGCAGCCGCAGUAUUGCUGCAGCGGCGCCUACAGCACGCCGCAGACGUGCAAGCCCUCCUCCUACUCGGAGCUGUUCAAGAGCGCCUGCCCGCGCGCCUACAGCUACGCGUACGACGACGGCACCAGCACCUUCACCUGCGCCGACGCCGACUACGUCAUCACCUUCUGCCCGUCUCCCAACACCAGCCAGAAAUCGUCGUCGUCGUCUUCCGCCUCAUCGGACCAGGCAACGCCGGCCGCCUCGGACUCUUUCAACAACAACACGAUGGUGUACGAGGGCGUGGAGGAAACGAGCGGCGCGGCGGCCAGCCACGCGGUGGCGGGGCUGGUCGGCGUCGGGGUGGCAGUUUGGCAGCUGUGGCAGCUCUCCUGAAGUAUUCCGCAACUACUUUCUUCUUAGACGACUAACCUUUUAGUUUAGGAUCAAUAUUAAUUAGGCCCAUUUAGCUUCGUAGUUACUUUCACAUGCACACCCAAGGACUAACCUUUUAGUUUAGGAUUAAUAUUAAGUAGGCCCAUUUAGCUUCGGAGUUACAUUCACAUGCACACCCAUCUAUACUUUUUGGCGUGGGUCCCCAAAUCGGGCGGAUCUUGGACCCACAGUUUAUGAUCUGAUCCGGCACGAAUCUAGAACGAGAUCACCGGCAUUGGCCCCACGCGCAUCUGGCCACCGUCAUGUGGAGCUGAGUCACCCAUGACAAAGAGAUCGACCGGCCAAAAACCGAAUUGGACCAUGGCCAAGGCCGGCUGGUCACGUUUCAUCAUGCCGGAUGAUGGGUUGUUGUCAUAAUCAGAGCAAACACAGCUUGCGUUAGGUUGGUUUUUGGGGGGGAUUCAUUAUUGCGAGACGAGUGCUUUUUUCGCGCUAUUCUUUGUAUUCUUUAGAUGGGAAAAAUUUGAGGGGGUGUCGUUGAAAUUUGUUCUGGAAGGUGGGGGAUUCUUUGUAGAAUGUGGCCUGUGCAUCAUUUGGUGCCAAAAUUUAUAAGGGGCGGUGCUAUUUGAUUAAA